AUGAAUCCCGACGACGACGACCGGUCUUCCUCGACCCCGACCGCCGCAUCCAAGUCGGUGUCCGGUCAGGACAAAGACAAACCUCGCCUGACGGACCAAGAGAAGAAGAACAACCACAUCGCCUCAGAGCAGAAACGCCGCGCAGCCAUUCGCGAAGGCUUCGACCGACUCACGGAAUUGGUGCCUGGUCUCGAGGGCCAAGGUCGCAGCGAGAGCAUUGUGCUGCAGAAGACCGUCGAAUUCAUGCACUUGAAGCUUCAAGAGCGACAAAAUCUGAUUGCGGAGAUUGAGAACAAGGGCGGCCGCGUAGACGAUUCAUUGCGGCCAACAUAG